AUGUCGAAUACCUAUGUGGAUGCGUUCAUGACGCUCCCGACUGUCUCGGCAGUGAAGCCCGAGUUGCCGGCUGAUGAUGCCAAGGAUCCGACCCAACUGCUUGAAUCGUGGAGAGAGCAUGCGUCGAAAGAGCGAACGGCCAACUCCUCAAAAGAGCGCGCCGUCGGGCUUUUCGACGACCUUGAGUCAGUUCUUGACGGCUCCUCAUCGCGAAUUCAGACCCUGGCCCACCAGCUGGUGGAGGAGCACCAGCAGGAAGUCGGGACGUUGCAGAGGGAGUUGAAAAAGAUUAAGUUUGAGUUGGCGGACCUCGAGCUGGAGAUGUGUGAGAUGAAGUCCAGGAACGAAGAUCUCGUAGAGGAGGUGAAAGUGGCAGAGAAGAGCCGGAGACAUUCCGGUAAAGAAUCGGUUGGCUCCAGUCGCUCAGUAAAAAGCAAACCGCAACUGCAGCGAUCACUAUCUGCAGCUAUGUGCAAGCACCACCAGGCUCUCCGAGAAGUGAAUGCGGAUGAGAUCUUGGACGCCUUCGACAUUAACAUGAACGAUUCAGAAGAUGGCGAUGGCACACAGUCCAUUGCGUCCCUCUUCAAGGAUCCUGCUGUGGAGAAGCUCAUGCAGAAAGGGAACACCGGGUAUGUGCAGCCCGAGACGGAGUCUGAACGGCUUAGACGAUAUGCCCAGAUGACAAGGUUUCAGCGCCUGCAGGGGUGGCUGCAGUCCCACAAGUAUGAGAUGGUGAUUGCUGGUGUGCUUUGCGUGAAUGUCUUGUGGAUGGCCUUCGAAUUGCAGCUCAGUGGUUCCGACACCGGCUAUCACAUAGGCGUUGUAGGCUCACCUCCAGUUCCUGUGGGGACCUGGACAACUUGGACAGACGUUCUGGAGGUCGGCGACUUGAUUUUCACAUCGUUCUUCGUGCUGGACGUCGCGGUCCGAAUCCUUGUGUUACAGAAGAUCUUCUGGCAGGUUUGGAUGAACUAUAUCGACGUUGCCGUCAGUAUCGCAUCCCUCAUUGAGGUCACUGUCUACCAUGCAACGACUCUGCCGGUGAACCCGAUCCUUUUCCGAUUGGUGCGGAUUGGAAAGCUUGCCAGAGCUAUUCGGAUGGUUACCAUGACCAGUAUGUUGCAAUCCCUGCAGCUGCUGGUUAAGUGCUUGGGCUCCAGCAUGAACAUGCUCUUCUGGAGCUUUUGCUUGCUGACCUUCGUGCAGUGUGUGGCUGGACUUAUUCUGAGUACACUCUGUCGGGACUUCCUCCUGGACGAGACGGCGGACCUAGACAUCCGGGAGGAGGUGUUCCGGUAUUACGGUACCUUCAGCCGGACGUUUCUGACCAUGUUUGAAAUCCUCUUCGCGAACUGGGGACCACCAUGUCGAGUUCUCGUGGAUCAGUACAGCGAGUGGUUCACGCUGUUUUUCCUCACUUAUCGCUGUGUCCUGGGAUUUGCGGUCCUCAAUGUCGUCAAUGCAGUCUUCGUUCAACAGACGAUGAAGACCGCCAGCUCUGAUGAAGAGCUUGCUUUCAAGCAGAAGGAGAAGGACACAGCAUCCUACAUCAGAAAAGUUAAGAAACUUUUCCAAACAGUGGAUGCAUCAGGAGAUGGUGCGAUUAACCUGCAGGAGUUUUCCAAGCUCGUGCAGUCGCCGAAGCUGAAGUUCUGGCUCUCGCAGUUGGAGUUGGAAUACCAUGACAUGCUGUCACUGUUUGAGUUCUUGGAUAAUGGCGACGGUGAGAUCACUCUCAUGGAGUUCGUGGAGGGUGCUUCGCGCCUCCGCGGAAACGCCAAAACCUUGGACAUAUGGCGUGUUGAGACCAAGCUCGAGGUGCUCUUCGAGGAGGUUCUGAAUGCCUUGCGUCCCGGCGGGAGCUUUCAUCAAGACUCCGGCAUGUCGCAUAUCACCAGUGUGCAGGACGUGUUUGAUCAGUCUGGGUUCCGGCACAUCAAAACCACCGCCAGUACCAUUUCACCUGCUUUCCUCACCACGUAG